CGUUUCCGCGUCCUGUGUGCAGAAGCCAUCAGAUUAUUGUAUGUCUAUGGUUGAAAUCUUUUAAGAGAGAAAAAAAGAAAUGAAGAGAGAUUUGUUCUUUGUCUUUGUCCUUCCAUUUUUCGUUUUCCAUUUUUCAUUUCCGUUUUCAACACUGGCAUAGCACUGGCUCUCAGAUUCUCAGACUUUUACUUGAGGAUAAUUGAGGGUUUGACGAUUGAAGUUGAGAGUAGAGAAUACUUGUAUCUGAUUCUCUCAUUGAAAUGGCGAAUUUGAUCAAGAAACGCCAUGCUGACAAUAAUCACAUGGAGGUAGAGACAAUUAAUGGUAUACAGGGAAAAGUAAAGCAGUAUACAGCUAAAAAAAGAGCUAAGAAUGUACAAGGUGGAGAACAAAGAAAAAUAUUAGUACCAGCACAUAGAUAUUCGCCUCUAAAAGAAAAUUGGUUGAAAAUAUCUGCGCCCAUUGUUGAACAUUUAAAAUUACAAGUUCGCUUCAAUCUGAAAACCAGAAAUGUUGAAAUUAGAACAGCGCCAGAAACUCCUGAUAUUGCGCAUCUCCAAAAAGCAGCGGAUUUUGUGAAAGCAUUUAUUUAUGGAUUUGAAGUGGACGAUGCUUUGGCUUUAUUGCGUCUGGAUGACCUUUUUGUGGAAUCGUUUGAAAUACAAGAUGUUAGACAACAAAUAAAAGGUGAUCACCAGUCUAGAGCAAUUGGCAGAUUGGCAGGCAAAGGUGGAAGAACAAAAUUCACUAUUGAAAACGUAACAAAGACAAGAAUUGUGCUAGCAGAUACUAAGAUACACAUACUUGGUUCUUUUCAAAACAUACAGUUAGCUCGUAGGGCAAUAUGCAAUUUAAUUUUAGGUAGUCCACCUUCUAAAGUAUAUGGACAACUAAGAAAUAUAGCUAGUAAGAUUUCAAAACAAUACUGACAGUUAUCUAUACUUGUUUUUAUUGCAUAUGUACAUAUAUAAUUUUUUUUUCUUUAUUAAGAGUUUGUAAUAAUAAAUAUGUUCUUAGCUACAGUUA